UCCGGCGCGGCGGGUCGACCCGUUGAACGGGUUUGAAACGAGCGCAUGCGCGGUGCAGAGCAGGUUGCCAUGGUGACAGCGUCGUACACAGACGGGCUCGUGAGACGUCGCGUGAAUCAUCUGAUCUGCUCUGACAUUGACAGUCGUCGUCAUGACAGCAGGAGCAGUGUCCGCCCCUCUCAUCAUUCCCAUCAUCCACCUGCAGACGCACAGAGCCAAGAACCACAUCGACACCAGCACACCUGUGUCCAUCCAGUCAGACUCUCCAGGUGUGUUGAUCUUCUACACCUUGUAUGGAUCGAGGGCCGGGGAGGUGGGCAGCGGGCUCAGCCAGCAGGCAGGCAGGGAAGAUAAAAACCGACAGCCAAGCCUGGCGAACGGCCCGCUGGUCGGUGUCUGUCAGGAGCGGGGAGGACGCAACGGAGAACUUCUGCAGAGCGACCAGCAGCGUCACUCUGAAGGAACCUCGUGGUCUGCUGAGAACUCUGCUGGUUCUUCACGGAGGCCUCCAGAGCCGAGGACGGACCGUGGACAAACCGGACCGAGUUCAGGCGUGUUGAAGCAGCUGAGCAACACGGAGACGUCACGGAUCAGCCGAGAGACCGACUUUCUGCGGUGUGCUCGGUGUCUCAGGUCUCGUCCUUCUGAUCCGUUUGCUCGGUUCUGUUCUCACUGUGGAGCGUCACUUCCUGUGUUACCUGAGCAGAGACUGCCUCCUGCUGAAGGAGGACAGGUGGUGAGCUGUGUGUUCUGUAACACUCUGGUUCCUGUGAACACUCAGUCCUGUUUAACCUGCGAGGCCUCCAUCCACCAACAACUACAGCCACAGUCCAGCAUCACACUGCAGGAUCAUGUGGUGUGUGUUUGUUGUGGAAGUGGAAAUCCAGCUCACCUUUCCACCUGUUUGACCUGCGAGAGCCGCCUACAGGUGUGUGUUGUGAACAGCGCCCCCUCUGUCCCGUCAGCAGACAGCAGGAUGUUGUCGUGCUCCAGAUGUAAACGUAUGAACCACGGUGAUGCCAGAUACUGUGACUGGUGUGGCUCAAAGCCCGGUCAUGCAGCCAGCUGUGUCAUCUGUUGCCGAUGUGGAGCGAGCGGUCACCCGUACGCCUUCCACUGCGCAGCCUGCGGCGUCUUCCUGAAAGCUCCGCCCACAUCUCACAGUGACAUCACACGGCCUGUAGGGGGCGGAGCCACCAGCCAGACUUCCCAUGAUGCCACCUGGCAGGCCACACCCUCAUCAGACCCUCAGGUGAGACUGACCACGCCCACUGCAGAGCAGACCACGCAGACUGUCGGACUCUAUUACCCAUCAGCCACUGAGCUGGAGAGGAAGGAGCAACACAGAGCGCAACAACACAGCAAGCAGCAGGCAACGAGAGACCGGCAACCGCUACUGACUGCCAUCAGCCCGGGCAGAGGUUACUGGAGGAAGCAGUUGGAUCACGUAUGCGCUCACCUGAGGAGUACACUCAGAACAACGCCCCCUCAGGAUUUGCUGGGAGAGCCUCGCCUGGGCCGGAUGGUUUCUGCUGUGAUUCAAGAAGAUCGCUACGAAGUCAGCGUGACCACCAGCUUUGUGUUGGCCGGACGGGAAGAAGCUCAGGUGGAUCCUACAGGUGACGCCACCGGACUGACUGCAGAAACCAACCUGACACCUAAACCUCCGGUGAAGGAUGUUCAGCUGCUGAAGGAGCUGGGUCCCGGUCGAGGUCAGAUCAACGUCAUCCAGCAGCUCCUGGAUCAGGGGGCGGACCCUUCCUGCUACGCCAGCGAUGGCCGACAUGCUCUGGCAGUUGCUGUGCUUAAUGGUCACCAUGACGCACUUCCUGUUUUAGUGCAGCGAGGAGCUGACGUCGACGAGCAGUCCGGACAGAUGAAGAACUCGGCUCUUCAUGAGGCUGCAGCUCUCGGCUCUGAUGGUCUGCAGUGUGCUCAGGUCCUGCUCAGCUGUAAGGCCAGUGUGAGGCACAGGAACGCUGGCGGUCAGACGGCGUACGACGUGGCAGUGACCUCCGGCUGUAACAACAUGGUGUCUCUGCUGGCUGCGAGGACUGGACUGGACUUACUGGGCAAAAUGGGAAAACCCAAACUGAACCUGGACAUGUUCUGACCCAACGGACCUCACGGAGACUCUCAAUACAGAACAAGAUGAAAGCAGUGGAUGUGUUUGUAACUGAAGGAAAUAAACUGUUAAACUGAAGA